UAUGCUCUCCGUGGCGGCUGAGCCUGACAAUAUCAGCUUGAAUGCUUUGAUCAAGGCAUGUUCGCGAAGUUGUUGGAGUGCAGCUUCUGCUGCUUUUGGCCUCAUGAAGGUGGUGACAGCGCAAGCCAUGACGUCUUGCACAUCUACAGCUCCCUGGAACUGGGGAUUGAAUGCCUUGACACAGCUGACAGAUCGGAUGUGUGAAGCAGAUCUUGUUCUCUUCAACACAAUAAUUGGCACAUGUUCCUCUGCAGUGCAGUGGCAGCCAGUUAUGCAAAUUCUCCAUGGACAACAGGAGGGUGCAGGUUUGUCUCCAGACAUUGUGGGAUAUAAUUCAGUCAUCACUGCUUGUGGCCGCGGUCGCUCAUUGCAUGCUGCGUCGUUCCUGCCAGAGCUGCGAUAUCAGCGCUUGACCCCAAACCUGGUGACCUUCAACUCCCUUCUGAGUGCUUGUGACGGAGCUGGAGAUUGGCAAAGAUCCAUCGAAGUUCUGAUGGAUCUGAAGUUUGCGACUUUGGAGCCUGAUCCUGCCUCCCUUUCAGCAGUUCUGGGGGCCUGUUCACGAACGACGUGCUGGUCGGAAGCCUUGCAAUUUUGGCGCAGUGCUUUGCCCCGAGAUCAAAAAGCAGAGAGUGUUGCUGCACUUGCUGUAGCCAAAGGCUUUUUCUGGAACUCCGCCUUGUUGUCUCUCACCAAGCUGAGCAGCGCAUUGCACGACUGGACGGGGCAUUGGCGAAUGGCCAUGGACGACUGGCAGAUUUCACAGCAGAGAGGUGUCAGUGUCUCCACCGACUUCUUCAAUGCAGCUGUGAGUGCGUGCAGUUCAGUGUGGCGGAUUGCCUUACAGCUCUUUGGCCAAGCCACUACUUUCCGGAUCCGUGUUGAUCAGGUGUGCUAUGCCGUGGCUUUGAACGCCUGCAGCUCCGGACAGCUAUGGCUGGAGGCACUGUCUCUCCUGCGUGCUGCCGGGCAUGUGCACAGCCCUACGUUACGAAAUGACGAUCUCAUGAUGUGCUUCAAUACGGCCAUGUCGUGCUGCGAGAGCCAAUUGACUUGGACGGUUUCCUUAGAGGUCCUCCAGGAUUUGUUGCAGGCACUGGUGGAAGCAGACCAGAAAAGCUAUCGAUCACCUCUUCGCACCUGUGGUUACGGAAGUGGCUGGCGCACUGCCAUGUCCUUGCUGUGGCGGAUGACACAAGGUCGCACCAAAGACACAGACAACUCCGCCUUUUCAGCUGCUGUUUGGGCAGCAGAGGCAUGGUGGAAUCACUGGGUCCAUUUGAGGCAAGUGAAUUAGGCGAGGGCAACCAGGGAAACUUCAUGCCACAUUCUUAGAUUUCUUAGUGCCAGGUGACAGCGAGCCCGACGCAAGAUAUCGCAGCUCUAUGUGCUGCAGAAAAGACCUGUGCUGCAUCCUGCUGCAUCAUGCUGUCAUUGCUAUACAGAGCCACAGGUAUUCCUCC